AUGACGUUGAGUGGAGGGCCGCUGCUUGGCCGGGUCUUGCAGCUGAGAGCCGCCCCCGCCCCCGCCCCUGCCCCUGGCGCGGCCCAGGGACCCCAGGCGCUGCCUCUCUCCCAGCCCCUGUCCCUGUCCCUCUCCCAGCCUUGGCUCUGGUCUGGGCUCCAACUGCCACCUUCACUGUUCUUGCUGCUGCUGCUGCUCUUUGUGCUGUGCCCAGGGGCUGGGGGCCUCUUCCUGACUGAUUACUCCACCUGCUCACCCCGAAAGCUGAGUCCUUUCCGCUCCUUUGCCAGCACUGAGCUGUUCCACUUCCAUGUCCCUGAGGACACGGUCCUGGCUGUCUGGAACCUCAUCAUCUUCAAGGAGCAGGGGGGCACCUUUGGGGACCAUUGCCCAGACCAAAGUGUGACUGUGUAUUUCCGCUCAGGGGCACCUCCUGUAAUAAACCCUCUGAAUACACACUUUCCACCGGACACAGUGGUGCCAGGGGUCUUCUCAUUGACUCUCAGUUGGACGUUGCCCAACCGAACCUCAGGAAUCUUCAAUGUCAGCAGCCCCUUGCCUGGGGACUGGUUCCUGGCUGCUCACCUUCCCCAGGCCCAUGGACGGAUCUCUGUCAAGGGUCUACAUGAUGAGUGCCAGUACCUCCUUCAGCCACAGUUGAUUGUCCGUCGAUUGCUUGAUGUUGCUGUCCUGGUUCCUGGUCGUCCCUCAGAGCAAACUCUUUCCUCUCAUAACCGUUCCACCCUGUUCAAGGUCUUUGUCCCCAGUUUCACCUCCAGGGUCUCUGUCCAGCUGAAGUGUGUGGGAUCUCGUGGGGGCUCUGGCUGCCCUCUGAUGAUGCAUCUGCGCCCCAAGGCUCCUCCCCUGCACAACUCAACCUCUGUGGCCUGUGGGGAUUUGGCGCCAUGUGGGCUGGAGCUGGCCCUGCCUCCUUGGGGGGACUGGGUCUAUGUACGUGUGGAGGCACCAAGGGGUCUUCCUGGAACCCUUCGAUUCCAGCUGUGUGUGCAGCUACAAGAGUGCCCCCAACAUGGCCUGUCUCGAGCCCUGGUACCUGGAGCAGCCAUGAACAUGCCCCAGUCUCUGGGCACUCAGCUGCCCCCUCAGGAGAUACCACCCUUGGGAGCCCCUGAGGAAGGGUCUGAGAGCACAUCUCCCCCUGACCACUGCUGGCCAGUGCGUCCAACACUGCGGAAUGAGCUGGAUACCUUCUCUGUCCACUUCUACAUCUUCUUUGGCCCCAGUGUUGCCCUUCCACCAGGACGUCCAGCUGUGUUUGCCUUGAAGCUCCUGCCUGUGCUGGACAGUGGAGGGGUCCUGACGCUGGAGCUACAGCUCAACGUGAGUUCACUGCGCCAGGAAAAUGCCACUGUGUUUGGAUGCCUGACUCAUGAGGUGCCUCUGAGCUCAGGUGACUCUUCUGUGACCUGCUCCACAGAGUCCCUGGCUGGCUUCAUUCUCUCUGUCAAUGCUGCCUCUAAAAUCUCCAGACUUCGGAUCCCUUUCCCCCAAACAGGAACCUGGUACCUAACUCUACGAUCCCUGUGUGGAGCAGGCCCAUGGUUUGAACGCUGUAAGAAUGUCACUGCGGAGGUCCGUCUCCGGACCUUCCUGUCCCCGUGCAUUGAUGACUGUGGCCCGUAUGGUCAGUGCAAACUUCUGAGGACGCAUAACUACCUGUAUGCAGCUUGUGAGUGCAAAGCUGGCUGGCGUGGCUGGGGCUGCACGGACAGUGCAGAUGCUCUCACUUAUGGAUUCCAACUUCUGUCCACACUGCUGCUCUGCCUGAGUAAUCUCAUGUUUUUGCCACCUGUGGUUGUGGCUGUCCGAAGUCGAUAUGUGCUAGAGGCUGCAGUCUACACCUUUACCAUGUUUUUCUCCACGUUCUACCAUGCGUGUGACCAGCCAGGCAUCGUGGUUUUCUGCAUCAUGGACUAUGAUGUUCUUCAGUUCUGUGAUUUCCUGGGCUCCCUCAUGUCCGUGUGGGUCACAGUCAUUGCCAUGGCUCGUCUGCAGCCUGUGGUUAAGCAGGUUCUCUACUUGCUUGGGGCCAUGCUACUGUCUAUGGCUCUGCAGCUUGACCGGCAUGGCCUCUGGAACCUUCUCGGACCCAGUCUCUUUGCCCUUGGGAUCCUGGCUACGGCAUGGACGGUGCGUAGUGUUCGCCGCAGACACUGCUACCCACCCACAUGGCGUCGCUGGUUGUUCUACCUAUGCCCGGGCAGCCUCAUUGCUGGCAGUGCAGUUCUUCUCUAUGCCUUUGUGGAGACGCGGGACAAUUACUUCUACAUCCACAGUAUCUGGCAUAUGCUCAUUGCAGGCAGCGUGGGCUUCCUGCUCCCCCCAAGAGCCAAAUCUGAUGGCAAAGUCCCACCCCUGUCCAGGCCCCGGGGAUGUGGUUACCAGCUCUGCAUCAAUGAGCAGGAGGAGCUGGGCUUGGUGGGCCCAGGGGGCACUUCCAUCAACAGCAUUUGUGCCAGCUGACACCUGUCCCUGGGCAUAAAAUCCUCCCUGGGGACAUUGAGUUCACCCUGGAACACACAGCCCAUCUCUGGGGACCUGGAGCCCUUCUUGAGAAUAUGGAGCUCGUCAACAUGGGGACUCAGAGCCCUCCUUGUGGACACAUGGCUUUGGGGGCACAGAGCUCUCCUCUGGGACAUGGAGUUUGUCCUUGGGAUGUAGAACUCACUUUGGGAGCAACCGUUCCUUCCUGUGGAUGUGGAGCCCAUAGACCCCAGAAAUACUGACUUUUCCAACAACUGUGGCCAUCUAUUGCUUCCAGCAGGAUUCCUCACCCAGUUGCACAGUGUCUCACACUUUGUCUUUGAGUGGAUAUAAAAUAUGGAUGGAGUGGAGGGAGACUUGAGGUGCAGUGGAGUGGGCUAUAACUGGGGUGGCUCCCCUGGAGUGGGCUGUGGUGUAUUUCCAAUGAAAUAUGUGCCAGCUCUUCCUUUAGCCAUACUUUUUUGAAGAAGCAGAGGUUGGGGGUCAGAAAAUAGAAUGUGGGUUAAGGGUCAGAGGUCAGGUGGCAUCUUCUUUGCUUUCCUGGUCCUGUUGAAUAUUCCUAUGGCUAAAAAAGGCCACCCCGAAUGCUAGGCAUCACAUUAGGAAGACAAAACAAAUGAAGCUCCUCCUUACCCCCAUUACACUUGAUAAACCACUAACCAUGUGCACUUCUGGACACUAGAUCUCAGACAGGCAUAAUGGAGCUGGUGGGGACCGAUGAAUGGGCACAGAAAUGGUAGAAUAGGGAUGGGUGGGUGCCCUUAGUUAGGAAAAAUUUACAAAAUCCCAGAGGGUGUGAAGGUGGAGAGACAUGAAACUUGUAACUCAAACUCCAGACCUUAGAAUGAGGGAGAAUACCUUUUUGGAUUUGAGAGAGAGGCAGGUUUA